AUGGUCCCGGAAGAAUAUCCACCAAAAGAUGGCUUUGAAAAUAAUAGACAGCUCAACGAGAUCGGGUACACUGAGAUAUAUAGUGAUACCAAUAAUCUUGUCAUAUCGGGAGCAUUACUAAUCCUAUUUCCUCCAUCCCCACCAUUUGGAUGGCUUUCCCCUACUGCCGUCGAUAUGUUCAAAAAUAAGUUGGAUAAUUACGGCGAUAUCUUUUGGAAUGUUUUCACCACAAUUCGAAGCGGUGAAUCUAAUUUUUCAUUUUUUUCCGGUCUUUUUAAAGAGGCUUUUGAGCCAUCACAGGGUCUCAAAAAAUAA